UUGCGUUGUUUAUUCUCUGAAGCGGAACUCUUCGGGAGGGAAGAACGGGCGCUUGGGGGAAGAAAGCAAGUUGCCAGGAACAAAGAUGGCGUUCGGAGCGCGCCUCCCAUGAUGCUCCGGGACAGGGUGUCACAGCGUAAGGCGUCCGGGCGGAAACGCGGAAGUGAAAGCGGUGAGAGAAAGAGAGGUCGGGGCACCUCUUUGUCGGAGCGUCUCCCUCUGGCUCCAGGUCUCCGGAAUCCCACCAUGAAGGCGGGCACUGCACCCUGCUGUUCCUGUUUGUGGCCUGGAAAAUCUGUCAGUGACACUGUGUUGCCAAAAGGAACCUGCGGCGGCCACCCCGUCUAGGCUUCGCCAAUCCGCAGCCGGCCACUCCGCCCCACCCCUUCGGGUUGGGUGUCGCCCGCCUUGGAGAUGUGGAAGCUGCCGCUGAUUCCGCUGCUCAUCAACUUCCUGGGCUCCCUGGUGGGCUUCGUGGCCACCCUGACCCUCAUCCCGGCCUUCAAGGACCACUUCAUUGCCGCCAAGCUCUUCGGCCUCGACUUGAACAAGACCUCGAAGCAGCCCGUCCCAGAGUCCCAAGGCGUCAUCAGCGGCGCCGUGUUCCUCAUCAUCCUCUUCUGCUUCAUCCCGGUGCCCUUCCUGAGCUGCUUGGUGGAGGAGCAGUGCAAGGCCUUCCCGCACCAUGAGUUUGUGGCCCUCAUCGGGGCCCUCCUGGCCAUCUGCUGCAUGAUCUUCCUGGGCUUCGCGGACGACGUGCUCAACCUGCGCUGGCGCCACAAGCUGCUCCUGCCCACCAUGGCCUCCCUGCCCCUCCUCAUGGUCUAUUUCACCAACUUCGGCAACACCACCAUCGUGGUGCCCAAGCCCUUCCGGAUGUUUCUGGGCAUGCACCUGGACCUGGGCAUCCUCUACUACGUCUACAUGGGCAUGCUGGCCGUCUUCUGCACCAACGCCAUCAACAUCCUGGCUGGGAUUAACGGCCUGGAGGCCGGGCAGUCGCUGGUCAUCGCGGCCUCGAUUGUCACGUUCAACAUGGUCGAGCUCAGCGGGGAUUACAGGGACGACCACAUCUUCUCCCUCUACUUCAUGAUGCCCUUUUUCUUCACCACGUUGGGGCUGCUCUACCACAACUGGUACCCAUCCCGGGCCUUUGUGGGCGACACCUUCUGCUACUUUGCGGGCAUGACCUUUGCCGUGGUGGGCAUCCUGGGCCACUUCAGCAAGACCAUGCUGCUCUUCUUCAUCCCGCAAGUGCUCAACUUCCUCUACUCGCUGCCGCAGCUCCUCCACAUCGUCCCUUGCCCACGCCACCGGUUGCCCAGGUUCAACCCUGACACAGGAAAGCUAGAGAUGAGCUAUUCCAGAUUCAAGCCAAAAAGCCUCUCUCCUUUGGGAAAGCACAUCCUCAAGGUCUCUGAGAAACUCCGCCUGGUCGACAUACGCCAGGGAGUGGACAAAGACGGGGAAUACCUGGAAUGCAACAACAUGACGCUCAUUAACUUCGUGAUCAAGCUAAUCGGGCCGACGGCAGAAAGAAACCUGACGGUGCUGCUGUUGCUGAUGCAGGUGGUGGGGAGCGUCGUCGCCUUCUCCGUCCGGUACCAACUGGUGCGGCUGUUCUACGACGUCUGAGCUUUGCUUCUGGAGCCGCCUCUCCUUCUCUGACGUAAUGGGGAGCGGGAAGGGGCUGGGUUUGCGCAGAAGCUCACGGAUGCAGGACGGAGCCUUUCCUGUCGCAGCGCGGCCCCUUCCCCUCCCCUGCACUUUGCCAACCACUGCCUUGAAUGCAGCCGGGCAGCAACGUCCUCUCACAAGGAACUGGAAUCAAUUCCUCGUCCGAAAUGAGUGGAUGCGAAGCUUGAAAGGACGAUGGGAAGCGUGGAGAAGGAUGUCCCGUGUUGUUCCCGAUCUGCUCUUUCCUUCUGAAGGAGUGUUUUGGUUAAAAUGGGGCUCCUGCUCUGGACUGAGGCCUUCCUUGGAGCCCCCCUUGAGUCUCCCUUCAUACAGUGCUUCUCUUCACCAUCCUUUCGUGGGAGGGAACGAGGAGACCAAGCGGUCACUGCACCUUGAGGGUGGAAGCCGGCCUCUGUUGCCUUUGGGGGAUGUGUUGUGCGGGGAUGGGGAGGAGCGCGGACCGCAAAGAGGGAGCGCAGGGCAAGAGACUAUAAUAAAGUCAUGAACGGAAA